AUGAAGUCCUUACUGAAACCCAAGUGGCAAAAUGUCGUUAUCUUGAAUCCGAAGCAUUUUUUGUUAUAUCACUACUCUACUUUUCCCCCAACACCACCAUCAACUGAUCUUCAAAAGCUGUGCGAUGUUGUCUCUCAUGGGAUAGGCAGUCUAGACGACUUAGAAGCCACUCUUAACUCAGUCAACGUUUCCUUCUGCUCAUCACUCAUUACCCAAGUGCUAGAUUCAAGUAAAAAAGAAGCACCCACAAGACGACUCCUUAGAUUCUUUUUAUGGUCAGAAAAACAUUCAGAUGUUAAACUGGAAGACAAAGAUUACAACCAUGCUAUCAGAGUCUUCUCUGAGAAGAAAGAUUUCCUAGCAUUAGACAUGUUAAUCUCAAAUCUUGGAAAACAAAAUAGGGCUAUGGAAACCUCAACAUUUAGUAAUGUAGCCGAAACUCUGGUGAAACUAGGAAGAGUAGAUGAAGCAUUGGGAAUAUUCAAGAACUUACACAAAUUAAAAUGCCCACAAGAUAGUACCACAGUUAGUGCCAUAGUUUCUGCUUUAUGUUCAAAAGGGCAUAUCAAAAGGGCAGAAGGAGUCAUUUAUCACCAUAAAGAUAAAAUCUCAAGUGUCAAACUUGUUAUUUACAAAAACCUACUUCACGGGUUAUCUAUUCAAGAAAAUGUGAAAGAAUCAAGAAGAAUCAUCAAAGACAUGAAGGGUGCAGGAAUUACUCCAGACCUUUUCUGCUACAACACAUUUCUCAAAUGUCUUUGCAAGAAAAACUUGAAGUCUAAUCCUUCUGGGCUUGUUCCCGAAGCAUUGAAUGUGAUGAUUGAAAUGCGAAGUUACAAAAUUGCCCCCACUACUGUAAGUUACAAUAUAUUGUUGUCUUGUUUGGGUAGGACUAGAAGAGUUAAAGAAUCUUUACAAAUUCUCAACACAAUGAAAAAAACAGUGUGUUCAUGUUCAUGUUCAUGUUCAUGUGCUCCUGAUUGGGUAACGUAUUAUCUUGUGGCAAGAGUUUUGUAUUUGACAGGUAGAUUUGGGAAAGGGAAACAAAUGGUUGAUGAGAUGAUUGAAGAAGGUUUGAUUCCUGAAAGAAAAUUUUAUUAUGAUUUGAUUGGUGUUCUUUGUGGGGUUGAGAGAGUGAAUUAUGCACUUGAGUUGUUUGAUUUAAUGAAGAAAAGCUCGUUAGGUGGGUAUGAAAAAGUUUAUGAUUUGUUAAUACCAAAGCUUUGUAAAAAUGGUGAAUUUGAAAAGGGGAAAGAGCUUUGGGAUGAGGCAAUGAGUAUGAAUUUGAAACUUGAGUGUUCCAGUGAUGUUUUGAAUCCUUUGAUUACAGAAGUGUUUAAACCAAUGAGGAAGGUGGAAGAGGAAGUUAAGAUUGUAGAAUCUGAUCAAGUGAAAAUUGGAGGAAAAAAAGUGAAGGGGAAUUUAUAUGUGAAGAAGGGUAAGAAGUUGUUUAUCAGUAAUAAAAAUGGUAAGAAAUUAAUAGUGCAUAAGAAGGGUAAAAAGAAAGGAGCUUCCACUUGA